GUUUUUCAUCAUGAAAUUACAUCACCUAUGAUGCCGAAACACUAUUUAGCCAAAUGAUUCCAGUCUCUCUAUUUUGGGAGUUUUCCUCAAAGUUUGGGGAAAUUAAAAAGUUUUGUGCCAUUUCCCCAAAAUUUUCUAUGGCGGCUUCCCCGGAAUUGGGAGAUUGUGAGUGUAUGAGUUUUUCGCCGAAAUAUGAGACCUGUUAUCUUAAAUCUGAUUGGUUCGUCCACAAAUCAUAGUCUCGCCAUCCUUUUUCCAAACAAAUAAGGACCUCAACAGUCAAUUUAGAACUCGUUAGUUUCAUGUUACGCACUGCUUUUGCCCUGUUUCUUUAAUCCCCUUAUAAUUUCGUAUCUUCAAUUAUACUUCUGAAUUGAUUACCAGAAUUUUAAGCACAUAUACUUUAUCCAUUCUCUAACCAUGAAUUGUUUUUGUGUCAUUUGACCUCACUUAGGUGAGUUUGAGCCUGCCUAAUUGUUAAAUCAAUUACAUGCAGUCGAGAAAUCCAAGUGUAUUUUGGUAUGGUAAUAGCUUCCAAUCACAACCCAACACCUAGAUCUAAAAACGUAGUAUGUUGAUUAUAGAUUCUCCGUAAUAGACAGUUUAAUAGUAAAUACAUUGCCUGUCGCCGGCGUAACUUUACCUAGACAUCUCAUUGUUGCAAUGACGUUAUCUAAAUCUUAUUGAAGCCUAAGACCUUGAUCUUUUCAAAAAUUCCACCCAACUUGUUAAUAUAGGGUAACAAUGACAAGGGGUAGGAAGUCCUUGCUUUCUGGUAUGAAACUGUCCUACACUUGUGAAUGGUCAAACUGCCGUAAUACAUACAAUAACGAAAAUCUACUCAAGUAUCACCAGCUGCAACACUUUAGAGAACUAUGUGAGCAACCUUCACAAGGUUCACGUCUUCCUGUCUGUGGCAUAUGUAACGCCUCCUUAAAUAUAACUGAUGUUGAUGGGAUUGAAAGGCAUUCGUUUUUUCAUUCAUGGGUUAACCAACUGAAAGCUAUUGGGAAACAUAUUUUGGAAAUAAAUGACUGGCCCGUAUGUUUAUCCGACCCAGUAUCAUGUAAUUUGAUCCCCGAACUUCCAACCAAAUUCGAGUGUGGUUGGGAAUAUUGUGAUUUUAAAACCAACGAUGUUUGUGUAUUUAUUACUCAUGUAUCAAGACACCCAGAGGAGUAUACCGAUUCUCGAUAUCCUGCAAAUGUACAGUUAAAAUGUUUAUGGGAGAAUUGUACAUAUAUAGCUAAUCGUUUAAGGAAUCUUUCAAGUCAUUUGGAUACUCAUACUCAAGCCAAACGUGCAGCUUGUCCUACAUGUGGUUUAUUGCUUGUUGAUUUCCGUAAAUUAGAAGAUCAUCUUAAACGCCAACAAAUUCAUUUAUUAAAUAAAAGCACCAACUUUAAGGAGAACUUGCAUCAUUCGGUCAAGCCUGUGAAAUGUAGUCGUUGUCGAAAAGUAUUCAGUACACAAAGAUUAUUGAUGUCACAUAUGAAAAGACAUAUCAAUACAGUGAAAUGCCCUUUUUGUGAUAUGACUGUCUGGAGCAAGUCAGCUCUAGAACGUCACAUUUUAUUUCGACAUUCAAAUGAGAAGCCAUUUAAAUGUCCAUACUGUAAUUUUACAUUUAAACUUACCAGUUGUUUAACGCGGCAUUUAAGUUCUAGACAUAAAAUUUAUGAAUCAAAUGAAAAUGAUAAGAAGUCAACUGAUCCAGUUGUACCGGAUACUACUCAAUCUGAUUUAGUUGGUGAAAAAUGGCCUCACUCCAUAUCUAUUGCUCCAAUCCAUGGACCAUUAGCUCAAGCUGGUGCCUUACCAAAUGUUCAAGCAGAUAUUUCAACCCCUACAGACAAUGAUACUACUCCUUGUGCAAUAGUGGAUGUAUUUGUCUGUCCUCAUAAUGGUUGUAAUUUCAAAACUAACAAAAGAAAUGGUUACCUUGUUCAUAUUGGUCGUAAACAUCAUCCACUUCCAUCUAAUUCAUCACUAGAGUCAUCAUCAGAUCGUCCAUAUAGUACCGAUAACUCACCAAAUACUUCUAAAGAACGUUUAUAUAAGUGUCAUAUGUGCUCUGUUGUUAAACGACGGGGUAUGUUUUAUUUUUGUUCCAUCAUACCAUAUCACCUACUUAAAAUAAGCAAGUGUUUAGAAUAAUUGAGUUCUAAAAUAUGACAUCCAGUUUUAUACCGUAGAUAUCCUGGUAAUUAUCAAAAAAGAUGAACUCACAAAGUCUAGUAUUUGUCUUUCCUCCAGAAACCUUAGUGUGGACUAUCCAAUUACAUAUAUCAUUGUUUAUUGUCCCUCGUCCAAUAGCUUUCACUGAUACGCUUCAUGGAAAUGCUUUAUUUAAUUUUAUCACACAGUAAACCUCUCGAUAGUCACAGACUAAUCAAUUUCUCCGGUUACAUUAAUUAGUUACAUCCUAUUCCGUGUUGCUUCCGUCAUCCAACUUUACCUAUAAAUACUAAUCUGAUUUUCUCUUCCAUCCCCAACAAAAUAUCGGGACAAAAAAUACGCAGUCAUUUGAUCCCAUACAUGCCCAUCAUUUUUCUUACUUCUGGGUUGGUUAGUUGCUUUUCCUCCCUUAUAAAUCAUUUUCGAAAUGUAGUUUAAUGAGUUUUUAAAAAAAUAUUUUGUUUCUAUACCCUUUCGGUUUUCAAAGCCUUUUUCCAUUGUUAUGGAAAAAUCCGGUAUACUGUUAUUCACUAAUUAGCUUACAAUAUAAAAUAAUCAGUUGGUUUACUUUUUAUGGUUAUAGAUCUUGUGUUUCCUGUUCUUAGCUGCUACCUUGGCGUAAUGGUUGGGUUUGCCUAUCGUGACAACUCAACCGAGCUUCAUUAGCUGAAACAUAGGUUCCUAAGAGCAGCAAAUUGAGCUCCGAGGACGAAGUCGUAAUUCUGACGGUAGAGCAGUGUAACGGCAGUAAGAUGUUUCUCUCGAAAAACCGGCAUCUGAAGUGAAUCUGCCUUUUAGCAAAGUAGUGAAUGGAGGGGUUAGAAAAGGUCUACUAUUAAAACGUCACACCUCGUCUUACUCGACGGAUUUCUGUCUCCGGCGGCAAGUUUUUCCGAAGUGCGUAGCUAACACAUCAAAGGCUUCCGGCGAAAAGGCCGUAACUGACCGACCUCAAGUAGUUUUCCCUUAGGCUGUGAGGUCAUACUCAUGGCUUCCUUUUCAGGUCUCGAGAAAUUUCCUUAAACGGUGUGGGCAUCUGGAAAGUGACAACCGCCUUCAUACCGUUAGCAGCAUCUAAGAUCUUUUUUCACGAUCAUAUCGCUCCAGAAACCUCUAACAGACCUUGUAUUGAUAUUUUAAGGUAUGAAAUUAAAAUUUUGUGCUGAUAAUUAUAUAAAAUAUUACUUAAAUGUAAAGAGGUAUAAUGUCACUAGCUAAUUACACGUAAUAAUGUUAUUUAUCAUACGAUUAUUGUUAACAUUACUAUGAUAAUGACCACCCUUCAAAGAAGAUAUAACUGGCAAAUUCAUAAUGACCUUAUUUAACUCAUUAUCCAAUCCCAUGGAUAUACAAAUAGUAUCAUUUGUGGACUACAUGACAGACUGUACCAAUCCCAAUUUUUCUCCCGUCAAACAUUGGUAGCUUAGGUACACAAUACUUGUAAAUAUCAAAUAGCAGUUUUAUACCAUAACGUAAACGAAUAUAUUGAUUUCUCCCCCGUGUAGGCAUCUAUGGUCAUGUGUUUAGCUUUAGGAAAUUCAGCAUACGCAGGGCAGUAAUGUCCAAAGGAAUUGUAUGUCGCUUGCUAAUUGAGCGAGGCCGUAGUUAAUGGAUUUAUCUUAUUUUAUAGUACCUCCAAAAUAGUGUUACAUUGAUAGUUGUUAACCUACUAAAAUAAAAAAAUGCUUUAUUCGAUAAGUUUUUAUGGUAAACUAUAGUUUGUGCUUAAUAAUCUUUUUUCUCAUAAUAUAAUAAAAAUAUUAACUUUGGCAUGAUCUCGGAUCACUGUUGUGUGGUUCCAGUUUAUAUUAGUUUGGUCAUUUGUCAGGUACCUAUUAUCAAUUUAAGUUUGUUAUCUAUAUCUAUUGGAGAGCCUCAACUAUUUUUGUUUCGUGUAUAGUUUAUACUUUCUAUUAAAUGUCAGCUGACGUUUUAGCCAACUUUCCCUUUCUACACCUAUAAUCGUUGUAGUGUAAUAUAUUUUUCUUAUCAUUUGAAAACAGGUAACGAAUUAUCAAAGCAUUUGGUGAGAGAUCAUCAUUUAGCUCGUCCUUCUGGGCAUGUCCGUUUUACUUACACUAUUUCAGAUGAUGGACAUUAUCGCCUUCAGUUAACUCGUCUUGAUACUGUACGUGUCGCUGCUCAACUGCUUGGUGAGACAGUUGUUAGUAAAUUACUCGUUGAGACAAGGAAUCAACAGUUGUCCAUCUGUGAAUAAAAAAUUUUCUACAAUCAUUUCAAAUAUAUAUCUUUAUCACAAUCACUUCCCCAUAAUGUUUUACCCACUUUGUACAGGUUCUUCGAUUGAUAUAUUCAGACACCUCAAUAAACCAUGCUUUUAAUCUGUUUAAUUUAGCUUCUUUAUUUUGAUGUUUUUUGUGUUCAAUAUAAGGUUUUUUGUCGUAUAUUUAGUUCUAUUGCUUACAAAAUAGGUUAAAGUAUUUUCCAAUAUAUUUUAAAAUGAUAAUAAACAUCUAUGUUUUUAUUUGUCUUUAUAUCUCAUCUCCAAAGAGUUAUAUCAGAAAAUGCAGGCUGGAUGCAACAAACUAAUUUAUCUCAGCUUAGUAACAUUACUCUGUAACUGAUUAUAAAGAACUCAUGUCAGUGAUAUAGUAUAUCCAAAUGCUGUGCUGUCGGUUUUAUCUUUUGAGAGACUGUAUAAAUGACAUUAACAGAAAUUUUCUAAAAAUACUUAGUAACCUUAUUUACCACCCGAAAAAAUGUAGUCUGUUGACAGUCUUCUGUUAUAUAUUUUAUUUGUUAU